AUGUUUUUCUCCCCUGGGCAUUCUGGGAAAUGUGGUCCAGACGUUCCGUGGAGUCGCGGGCGCUUCCGCUCCGCCGGUGGAUCGAGGGACUUCUGGGAAGUGCGGUCCAGACGUUCCGCGGAGUCGCGGGCGCUUCCGCUCGGCCGGUGGAUCGAGGGACUUCUGGGAAUUGCGGUCCAGACGUUCUGUGGAGUCGCGGGCACUUCCGCGUCCAGAGUGAAGGAUGGGAACAAGGCCCAGGCUGUUUCAGGCAGUUCCCUGCUAUCUCAGGAUAUUGCAUUCCUAGCACAUUGUGCAGUUAUUCUUGAGAACUCUAAUCAAGAAAGGGAGAGAACUGGGUCGAUCAAGGCCACCCUGCCUGAAAAGUAUCGUGCAGUUACCGAAACAGUGACAUUCAAGGACGUGGCUGUGGUCUUCACUGAGGAGGAGCUUGGGCUGCUGGACUCUACCCAGAGGAAGCUGUACCAAGAUGUGAUGCUGGAGAAUUUCAGGAACCUGCUCUCAGUGGGACAUCAGCUGUUCAAACAAGAUUCAUUCCACAUUAUAAAGGAAGGAAAGUUUUGGAUGAUGAAGACAGCAACACAAAGAGAAGGGAAUUCGGGAGGCAAGAUCCCAGCUGAGAUGGAGACUGUUCCAGAAGCAGGACCACAUGAAGAGUUGUCCUGCCAACAAAUCUGGGAACAAAUUGAAAGUGACCUAACCAGGUGUCAAGAUUCCAUGAUAAGUAGCUCUCAGUUCCCCAAACAAGGUGAUUUGCCCUGCCAGAUUGAGGCAGGACUAUCAGUAAUUCAUACAGGACAGAAACCUUACCAUGGUAAUGGGUAUGAACAGUCCUUCAGUGAUGUCUGCAACUUUGAUCUUCACCAACAGUUGCACUCAGGAGAGAAGACUCAUACAUGCAAUGAGUGUGGAAAAAGCUUCUGUAAUAGCUCAGCUCUAAAUAUCCAUCAGAGAGUUCACAUGGGAGAAAAAUGCCAUAAGUGUGAUAUGUGUGGUAAGGAAUUCAGUCAUGAUUCACAUCUGCAAGCCCAUCAGAAAGUCCACACUAUAGAGAAACCAUUCAAAUGUGAGCAGUGUGGGAAAGGCUUCAGUCGUAGAUCAGCACUUAAUGUUCAUUGCAAAUUACACACGGGAGAGAAACCUUACAAUUGUGAGGAAUGUGGGAGGGCCUUCAUUCAUGCUUUCCAUCUUCAGGAACAUCUGAGAAUCCAUACUGGGGAGAAACCAUUCAAAUGUGAUAUAUGUGGUAAGAGCUUCCAUGGUAGAUCAAACUUUAAUAGACAUGCUACGGUACACACAGGAGAGAAACCAUUCAGAUGUGAUAUAUGUGGUAAGAACUUUCGUCAGAGAUCAGCACUUAACAGUCAUUUCAUGGUCCACGCAGAAGAGAAACCACACAAAUGUGAGGAGUGUGGAAAGGGUUUUAUCUAUAGACGAGAUCUUUAUAAACAUCAGGUAGUCCACACGGGAGAGAAACCAUAUAAUUGUAAAGAAUGUGGUAAGAGAUUCAGAUGGUCCUCAUGUCUUUUGAAACAUCAGCGUGUCCACAGUGGAAAAAAACCAUUUAAAUGUGAAGAGUGUGGGAAGAGAUUUUAUACAAAUUCACAAUGUUAUUCCUAUCAGAGAGCCCACAGUGGGGAAAAGCCAUACACAUGCUAGGAGUGUGGGAAGGGCUACAAAAGCAGGUUGUAUCUUGACUUUCACCAGAGGAUCCACAUAGGAGAAAAACUCUACAAUUGUAAGGAAUGUGGGAAGAGCUUCAUUCAGGCCCCAUGUCUUUUGAAACACAGAGCCCACAGUGGAGAAAAACCAUUCGAGUGUGAAGAGUGUGGGAAGAGAUUUACACAGAAUUCACAACUUCUUUCCCAUCAGAGAGUUCACACUGGAGAAAGCCAUACAAAGGUAAGGACUGUGGGAAGGUCUCAGCUGGGCCUCAAGUCGUCUAACCCAUCAGAGACUUCACAGCAGAGAAAGAAAGAAGAGCUUUGUACAUUUCCCAUCAGAGAGUUCACACUGGAGAAAGCCAUACAAAGGUAA